AUGACUAUUUGGGUAUACAUUGUUGGCGGGUUUGGCUCUGCCGUUAUUGAUCCCAAGGCAGCAAGGCACCAACGACAAGCCAGCAAGCGUGCGUCUCUAUCAGCGUCUAUCUCCGACAUCAACCUAUCUGUAACUACAACAAUGGAUUCCCAAGCUACCAGCAGAGCUUUGCACAAUCGCAUCAACACGGACGUCACGCAAUUGCUUCAGCGGUUUGAGAAUAUUCUUGCGCCUUCGAGGGUCGAAACUCCAGAUAAUACCUACACGGCCGUUGGAGCGUACAAUCUCAAUGUCGAAGCAACAGCUCUUACCCGUGCUGCCGAGGACCUGCUCUCCCUUACGCGCUUCAUGAAAGAAGCUUGGCUUUUCGAGAAACUCAACACGGUCGGCGAAGACGAACACGACCUCAGGCGCAACCAGGCACUGGAGGAGGAUGUGGCUGCGGUGAAGGAAGCCGUGCGGACUGGGCUUGGGAGGGAGUCGACGUGA